GUUAGCUUUCGAAGUUAUUUCCAUCUUGCGAUGUUUCCGACGAGUGAAGCUUUCAAUUCUUUGGGUUCGGUUGUUGUAGCUAACUCCGCGUUCACUGUAGAGUCUCUUUGCUGUCUCCUGUUGUUGGAGUGUCUUCUUUUGCCCAUUAUUUGUUUCCUUCUAGGGUUGAUCCUGGUUACUGGACGGUUUCAUUGGUUUAGUUGAGUAGUGUGUCGUGUAUAGAUGGGCUUUCAGAGCUAUUUCCUUUUUGCGUGUUUCUGGCGAUUGUAGCUAUCUCCGCAUUCACUGUAGAGUCUCUCUGCUGUCUCCUUUUGUUCUUCUGUUUGACCAAGAAGCUCCUCCAAAAUCUUCCCUCCAUUUUGUCGAUACCCUAAUUUGCUUUUACAGCAUGCUCAUUUACUGAAAUUGGGUCUUGGAUUGAACUUGUUCAGGGGUUCGAGCAUGAAAUUGUCAGAAAAUAUGAGACCAGCUUUGGCUUCAAGUGGUUUGGAUGGAUCAAAUUUUGUAGCUUCCUAUAACAAUGGGCAACGUGUAACCUACUCCGGUUCUGCCUUGGAUAGGUCUAGAAAUAUCCAUGAUAGCUUGGAGAACCGUAUUCUGGCUACUGGUUCCAGCACAUUACGAAACACACCUCCUGGGGAAAUUCCAUUUUUAUUCCACUAUCCAUCUAUAGAGUCUUUCUCAAUGAGCGAGAGAAAGUAUUCUCGCAGUUCAGAAUUUCAAAGAAUUCUAAGUGUAGCAGUCGAGGAGAACACUUUUGGAUCUGUACAAUCUAAGUCACUCCCACCUAAUGCAUUAGAGGACCUUAAGCGUUCCAAAACCAACAUAUCCAAGACGUCGACCAAAGCAAGGAACUUAACGAAGUUGUUACAGAACUCAAUUUUCAGAUUAGAUAGAUAUCGCAACUUGAUCUCAAAGAAACGGCAAACAACUGAUCGAUCAAACGAGAAGUCAGGUAAUUUGAAUUCAUUAAAGAUGGGAGGUCAAAGUCAUGCAGAUUCUGCAGAAAAUGCAAGCCCGAGACUAGAAGAUAGAACAAAGAAUCUAAUUCCUAAAAAGCGUAUGCGAUCCUCUAUGGCGGAAGUACGGGGUACGGUUCUGCCUAGGCAAGCUGCAGGUGUAGAAAAAGAUAAAACUGUAAUGUUUGACAAAGAUAGAGGUGUGCUUAAAGGUUGUAAUGUAGGACUAGUAAUUUCAGAUGACAAAAUGUGCAGACUCCCUCCGGGGGGUGAUGGCUGGGAGAAAAAUAAAAGAAAACGUUCUGUUGGCCUUAGCAGAAUAAGUGAUGGAGAUCGAGAGCUUAAACAGUCAAUUCAGCAAAGGCCUAAGAAUGAACCCCGUUUACGUUCCUCAAAUGGCAUUGUAUUCAGACCAGGAUUAUCUUGUGGAACCAUAUUAAGCAACACAACGGAUAGCAAUCCCGAACUCAGUGGUGCUAACUCCUCCUGCGGUACACCUAAGAACGAACUUGAUAGCAGCUCCGUUCCAAAUGAAAGGCAAGACCACUCUGUUGGACUAGAUAAUGAACAGAGUGUAUCUAGAGGAAGCAACAGGUUAAAUAUUCAGGAAGAUACUCAGGUGGGAAAUCAAAUUCCUUUGGUAAAAGGAAAAACAACUAGGAUACCACGAACUAGUUCAAACCUUGUUACAAAUGCACCCUCUAAUUUCCUUCACUCGUUUGGAAGCAAUGAUUGUCCAGAGCAAAUUCCUAUGAGCAAAAUUCAGACUUCAAAUCUGGUGAGCAACCGUAGAAGGGUUAUAAAUAAUGAUUCUGUGUCACCCCCUGUAACUCAAUGGGUGGGUCAAAGGCCUCACAAAAUAUCGAGAACACGAAGAGUCAAUGUAGUUUCUCCAGUUUCAAACUCGGAUGGAACUCAGUUUUUGCAUGAAGUUUUUUCUGCUUCUGAUGUUGGAACUCGUAUGAUGACCACAGAUACCAGUGGUCAUCUAGUUUCAAGGGGAAUAACCAGUAGCUCUCAUCAAUCAAAACUGAAACAUGAUAAUGUCCUCCCUCCUCUGUUAUCAGAAAGUGAGGAGUCUACUGCAAUCAAAACCAAGUUUAAGGGGAAAACAAGUAAUAAAUUUGCGCUAGAGGAUGGUGUUCAAGCACCACUGAAGGCUACAACUCUUGUUUUGCCAAUAAAGAACAAACCUUCAAAAGAAGAAAUUGGAAUUGAAAUUCGCAGGCAAGGUAGGAGCAGAAGAGGAUCAGUUCAUUCAAAAUCAUGUUUACCUUUACCAAAGGAAAAACUGGAAAAUAUAGAUUCUACCAAGCCACUCAAAAAUGGAAAGCAUAGUUCUGAAAGGAGUGAAAGUAGGAUUGGUCGGCCUCCAAAAAAUAUGUCAGAUCGGAAGGUUUUUGCCCAGACACAAAAUACAGAUGUCAGUUCACUGGAACGAACAGGAGAAUCAGAGGAUGAUCAGGAAGAAUUACUAGCAGCUGCUAAUGCUGCUCGCAAUGCUAGCUAUCAUGCCUGCUCUAGCGACUUUUGGAAGAACAUGGAAUCCUGUUUUGCUUCUGCUACAUUGGAUGAUUUAGCUUUUUUGAAGAAUCAGAUACAUUUUACUAAAGAGCUAGAUUCAAGUUUUCCCUCUAGUAACGAAGCUUGCAAUGAUAUGAUGAGUGAAGUUUUGAAUGAUCUGGCAGCAUCACCUCACUUUUCUUAUGCUAGAGAGCAAAUAAACUCAGUUGCACCAACGGACAAAUCUUUUGAGGACCUUUAUUCAGCUGACCAGAGACAGCUUGUCAAAACAUCAAUGGGGAGAUUAGAGAUCAAGAGAUUGUAUGAGAAACCAGCUCCGCUCUCACAUAGGCUUCUCUCAGCCUUUAUUAUAGUAGAUGAGAUUGCCAAUUUUGAAAAUGACACUCAAGAGGAGUUCAAUUUACAAUUUUCAAAUGAUAAUGCUCACUAUGGUCCAAACAGUCAUGUUCAUGCUAAAGAUUUAUCAAAAAUGGAUUGUCCUUCAGAGCUUGAUUGCACCAAUCAGAGAAAUGGGAUAGCUUAUGAUGGAUUUUUGACCACCAACAACUUUAGGCACUCAAAUCUUCAGAAUUUUAUGCCUUGUGAUGAUCCAGUUGUUGAAAAUCAUGCCUUUUGGAAUUCAUGCAAUGGGUCGCUUGCUGACUACCAGAAAAAUGAUUGUAAUCUUCUGCAGACAAUGAAGGGCAACUCUCCAUAUGAAUGCCAAUAUGGGAACAUGUCUCUUGAUGAUAGGAUUUUGAUGGAGUUGAACAGUAUAGGCAUAUAUCUGGAUACAAUGCCUGAUUUUGCUGACUGUGAAGAGAGUGAAAUUGACAAAGCUAUUUCAGAACUUAAGUUUGGACUCCACCAGCAGGCAAGGAAAAAGAUAAAUCAACUUGAUAAAUUGGAACUAGCAGUUCAAGAUGCAAAGAAGAUUGACGAAAGGAAACUUGAACAGUUAGCAAUGAAUAAGCUUGUCGAAAUGGCACACCUAAAGCUAAUGGAUGGUCGAGGUAGUCACAAGAGUAGCAUCACUAAGGUGUCAAAACAACUUGCAUUGUCCUUUGCUAAGCGAGCAAUAGCCAGAUGCCACGACUUUGAAGCAGGUCGAAGUUGCUUCAGUGAACUGACACUGCAGAAUGUGCUCAUGUCAGCGCCUUUAUGCCAAAUUAACACUAAGCAUUCUGUUGCUGUUAUUCAUAAAGAGUUGAGGAACAGUCAUCUUGGCUAUGGAAUGUCAGAGGUAACUUCUGUUUCAGAGAGGCAUGAUUGUCCUAAUAAUAUUGGUCCAACGCCAUCAGAUCCUCACCAAAGUAUUCCUCAAUGGGAUGAGAAAUCAAGUACUAGAACCAACCAGAAGGAGGUGCUUCUGGAUGACGUCACUAUAGGUGCUGGCUCAAGAACCACAUCAAAUCCGACCCAUACCGCCACAAGUGUAAAAUGGAAAAGAGCUGAAAGUGUGAAGGACCCGAACAAAGAUGCAAUGGGAAGAGGCUCUAUGGCUAAAGUUAGUCGUCCAUCCCUAGGCAGGGGCGAACGCAGGACAAAGGCAAAACCAAAGCAAAAAAUAAGCCAACAGAUAUCUUCAGCAAAUGACUUUGGCAGGGUGGCUGAGGCAGCCGAGUUCAGGUCACCUGUAUCGCAACAGUUAUCUCCAACAAAUGACUUUGGCAGGGUGGCUGAGGCAGCCGAGUUCAGGUCACCUGUAUCGCAACAGUUAUCUCCAACAAAUGACUUUGGCAGGGUGGCUGAGGCAGCCGAGUUCAGGUCACCUGUAUCGCAGGAGUCCUUUGACACCGCAAACAAUUUCACACCUAGAAAUGAUCACAAAGUGGAAUUACAAAGCUUAAGCGAUAGGGGGUGUGAUCCUUCUAAAGCGAUGGAUGAUGGUGUGUUCACAAACUUACAGUUACCCGGAAUGGACUCCAUCGAUGAACUAGAUGUAGGUUUAGGCAGACAAGGUCCUCAGGACAUCGCGUCUUGGUUGAACGUUGAAGAUGAGGAACUCCAAGACAAUGAUUUAAUGGGUCUUCAAAUUCCAAUGGACGACCUCUCAGAAAUUAAUAUGAACUUCUUGAGUGAAACCCACAGACCUCCUUCAAUAGUAAGGAAUUGAGUUGAGAGUAAUGGCGGCUUCUAGUUAAUUACUAACUAUUGUUAAUUGUCAAUGAGAGUAGAAUCUGUAGCUCAGCUCGGCUAGUCUUUGUUGUUAAUUUGUGAAGUUUGUGGUAGUUCCAAUUGUUUUGUCACCUGAAAAAUGUGAAAAGAGGACCAAAAGCAUUUAUAUAGAUCCAUAUUGUUCAAGCCAUUAACAUUUCGUGAUGCUAAAUAGAAUA